UAUAGUUGAGUAAAAAGUACAAUAUUUCUUUGAAAUGUAGUAGAGUAGAAGUAUGAAGUAGCAUUAAAAGGAAAUACUAAAGCACAGUAUUUGAGAGAAUGUAUGGGGAAAAAAAUUAAAAAUCAUUUUGGCGGAAACAGCGCCCCCUAUUGCGCUGUACCAGUUACUAACCAAUCCUGACAGAGAAUAUUCUCAAAGCUAAAGCCGGGAGAAACAGGAAGUGAUCCAAGUCUUCACUGUACUUUCUCCACUUACACAGUCACUUAGGUGGAAAAAAACUUAUCAUUGUUCAGUGUCUGUGUUCAGUGGCUUUUUUGUUCACUGAGCCUUCGUUCAGUCUUGUAGCAGCAGACCUGUGUUUGGUCACUCCAGUCUGUCUUGAAGUCAGUGCUUGCAGGACGAGCUGUGAGUUGAACUUUGCUAAUUAUUUGCCAAAAGGCUCCAGAGAGUGUCCAAAGGUUCUGCAGCGUGGUCACCAACGUUUACUGCUGCAGACACAAUUUGAGAGGUGAGCACUUAUGGCUUCUGCAUGGCAAAGUGUCCUCUCUAUACACCAGAGGAUAGUGGACAAUGGAGACAAGAGGACUGAUCCAUGGCUGCUGGUCUACUCCCCCGUCCCGGUGUCACUCAUCUUUCUGGUUUACCUCUGUGUGGUCUGGGCCGGCCCUCGUCUGAUGAAACACAGGGAACCUGUUGACCUCAAAGUCAUUCUCAUUGUUUACAACUUUGCCAUGGUCGGCCUGUCUGCCUACAUGUUCUAUGAGUUCCUGGUCACGUCAUGGCUCUCAAACUAUAGCUACUUCUGUCAGCCUGUAGAUUACAGCACCAGGCCACUGCCGAUGAGGAUGGCCAGUGUCUGCUGGUGGUUUUUCUUCUCCAAGAUCAUAGAGCUCUCUGACACGCUCUUCUUCAUCCUGAGGAAGAAGAACAGUCAGCUGACUUUCCUUCAUGUCUACCACCACGGCACCAUGAUCUUCAACUGGUGGGCUGGAGUCAAGUAUGUGGCCGGAGGACAGUCAUUCUUCAUCGGCCUGGUCAACACCUUUGUUCACAUUGUGAUGUACUCUUACUACGCCCUGGCUGCAAUUGGUCCUCACAUGCAGAAGUACCUGUGGUGGAAACGAUACCUCACGUCUCUGCAGCUGCUGCAGUUUCUGAUGUUCCUCCUGCACACGGGCUACAACCUGUUCACAGAGUGCGACUUCCCCGACACGAUGAACGUGGUGGUGUUUGGUUACUGCAUCACCCUCAUCGUCCUCUUCAGUAACUUCUACUAUCAGAGCUACCUCAAUAAGAAGAAACAGAAAUAAGACAAAGUGGUGAGGAGUUACAGAACUCACAAAUGCAGUACUUAUCAAUGUCCACUAGAGGACAGGACAUAACCACAGUAUGAACGUUUUUGUCCUGGUGCUCAUCAACUGUUAAGCUCUACUGUCAAACUUGAAUAUUAUAUAGUUUCAGUCCUCUCUGUAUUAUUUUGCUUAAAAAAAGCAAUUUAGUGAUCAUUCAAUUAUUUAUUUCUUAAAUUGAGAAAUGACAAACAUUCAAAUGAUUGUUGUAAACAAACUGUACAUUUUAUACACAUAAUAAUAAAGUAGGUUGGUUUCUCUGCAUUAUUGCAGAGUUAAUGAGCCCAAACCCUCCUCAGGAAAUAAAUCCAAAAGCAAAAAAACACUUUAACAACAAAAUGCAGAAAUGCAAACUUUUUUUUUUCCACUGCUAAAACAACACGGCAAAAUGAUAUAUCCUUUUCUACACUUCAGUCUAAAAUAGAUUGAAAGGUGUAGAUUGGAGAGAGAAAAAACAUGAGGAGGGAGAGGAUGUUUUGUUUGAAGUCCAUUCAGGAGUUUUGUGGUGUCUUCAUAUAUUAAGCUCAGUCAGAUUGUAAGUAUGCAAGUCUUAGCACCAAUGUAACCAAGUCAGA